AUGACAUUGGGAACCUAUAACAGGCAUCAGGCCCAAAGGAAAAAACAAGCUGCCUUAGCUGCAGCAUUUGCUCAGGGCAUUCGCUGUCAGAAAUGUCUAGAAUACGGACAUUGGAGCUACGAAUGCAAGGGUAAAAGAAAAAUAUUAGUUCGACCCUCACGCACACAAGUUCUCAAAAAGAAUUUGAAAGCCAAGGAAGAAGGGCAGUGCAGCAAUGGUAAAUGUAAGAUCCCAAGUAAGAAAAAACGUAGGAACUCAGAUUGCUCAGACUGUUCUGACAAAGACUCCUCAAGCAGUUCUUCAGAUUCUGCUUCAGACAGCUCAGAUUCCUCUGGCAGUGACAGCAGCAGCUGUUCUGAGAGUGACAGCGAUAGUGACAGUGAAUCUGGAUCUGACUCAUGCAGCGACUGC